UCUUGUAUUUGCAUGCUGGGAGGUAACAGAUCUUUGUUUCACUCCAGAGGAAGAAGAAGGGAUUUUCUGAUGCUGGGGUGGAUGUGAUGGGGGGUGCUGGUGGAGGCAGAACUUCCUGUCUCUCUGCAUCCAAACGCACUGUGGGAACCGCGCGCUGAGCAGCAGCUUCUCCGCGCAGCAGCUGCAAGAGCACAGCACGGGCAGCAAGUCAGGAUGGUUUCCGAAUAAAAACUUCCUUUAUUUUAGCACACUUUUCUGAAAAGUCUGGAUACGUUUGACCCCUGACAGGAUUUCGCGGAUGCACGGAGCGCGCAGGGUGCAUCUCAGGGUGUAGCCGCGGCGGUCCCCGUGCGUCUUUGCGCUGCUGCCAGAGCGUGCCAGGGAGAGCCAGAGCGAGGCGGAGGAAACGCCGGAGUGGCCGAUCAUUCAGAAGGAUGCUGGGAGGCAAUGCCUGCAGAAAGAGAGGAUGAGAUUUGUCGAAAGGCGCUGGAACUGCUGUCCGACCUGUGCUCCAAGGGAGAGGUGCAGGACGAAAACUGCAAUAAUUAUAUCUACUACUUCAGGGACCUGGCCAGACCGCGCUACACGGACUCAGAUGUUUCAGUGAGCCUGCUGUCCCUGCUGGUGACCACCUGUGGUCUGGCUCUCUUCAGCGUCUCCCUCUUUGUCUCAUGGAAGUUGUGCUGGGUACCACUGAGCGGCCGUUUCCUCCCAGAUGUCCUGAAGGGGGCGCACUUCCUGGGAGGGGACCAGCAGCCAGUCCUCACAGAGGUGGAUGGGGAGGAGAGGGAGUACAGUGAGGAUGGCUGUGUGAAGGAGACCUCAGGGCCCCCGUCGGCUGUGGCUGUUCCAGAGUCAGCCUUGAAGAUAAGCCACACAUCCCCAGACAUCCCUCUGGAGACCCAGACUAAGGUGGAGAAAAACCAAGUUCACACUCUGGCCAGGGACCGGGUUCAGAGACAGAUUACUGAGCCCACCUCAUCUGUACGGCACAACUCCAUCCGCCGUCAGAUGAACUUGUCCAAUCCCGACUUCAACCCUGCCCAGUUUCAGCGCCAGGACUCGCUGUCCGGAUUGGGACGCAUCAAGCCAGAACUCUACAAGCAGCGCUCGGUGGAUGCAGAGGACGGUCGCAGGACCGACAGCUGUGGGCGUCUUCACUUCAUACUGAAAUUUGACUUUGACUUGGAGCAACUGAUCGUGAAGAUCCAUAGGGCUCAGGACCUUCCUGCCAAGGACUUCUCAGGGACAUCUGAUCCUUAUGUUAAGAUUUACCUGCUGCCUGACCGCAAAACCAAGCACCAGACCAAGGUGCACCGAAAGACGCUCAACCCGGUGUUUGAUGAGGUGUUUCUCUUUCCUGUUGCAUACGCCGAGCUGUCCGGCCGUAAGCUGCACUUCAGCGUUUAUGACUUUGACAGGUUCUCGCGCCAUGACCUGAUUGGCCAAGUGGUGGUGGACAACUUCUUAGAUCUGCCCGACUUUCCACGGGAGACGAAACUGUCCCGAGACAUACAAUACGUCACAUCGGACAAUGUGGAUCUUGGGGAGCUGAUGUUCUCAUUGUGUUAUCUCCCCACGGCCGGCAGACUCACCAUCACCAUGAUCAAAGCCAGGAACCUCAAAGCCAUGGACAUCACCGGAGCCUCAGAUCCAUACGUGAAAGUGUCCUUGAUGUGUGAGGGACGGAGGCUAAAGAAGAGAAAGACGUCAACGAAGCGCAAUACGCUCAACCCGAUCUACAACGAAGCCAUCGUGUUUGACGUCCCUCCUGAAAACAUCGACCAGAUCAGCUUGCUUAUAGCCGUCAUGGAUUACGAUCGGGUUGGACAUAAUGAGGUCAUCGGGGUGUGCAGGGUUGGCAGUGAAGCUGAAAGUUUGGGGCGGGACCACUGGAACGAGAUGCUUUCUUACCCCCGAAAACCAAUCGCACACUGGCACCCGCUCAUAGAGCUCACCCCAGAGGAAGCAUUCAAUGGGUCGGACAGGGAGCAACCGUGAGCGGAAGCCAAGGAGGAUCCACCAAUUCGCUGAAGACGCCACCGUCACCAUGACGACACAUCGAAAGAAAAGUGUCAGAUGUUGCAAGAUUGAGAGACCACGUUAGAAUCAGUAGCUGCACUCAAACCGAUGCGUUUUUUUUAGACAGAAGCGGGUUUCAUCACAUAAAAUCAUUAGUUUACAUUCCAGAGGAGCUUUUUUCUGACAGCUUUAUUAACAGAGUGAGAUUAUCUAACAGUUUGAGGUUUUUUUUUUUUUUUUUGGAAGAUUAGCAGUCGGUGGACUGAAACCACUUCUAUUUAGGUAAACGUGUGAAACUGUUACUAUGGUGUGAGUGAUGCUGCUGUCCGGGUGUUUGCUUAACGUAGAGUCUAAUGGAAGUUUACAUUUUAAAUGCUGUUUUAGACGAUCUUUGUAAACUUUUACGUGUUGUGUUGCUUUUAAGGUUUAUUGUGGCCUCAGAGGUGGAGGAGACUGUAGCUUCAAACCUUAGAGUUUUUUAAAGAAAAAUGUCAAAAAAGCUGCAAGGCAAAAAACAGCAGUUUGUUUGGUGCAUGGUUUAUUUUCAUGCUUUGUUUACAGCUUGAUAUUUUUGUCCUCAUUUCAUCACAAGUUCAGUUCUAGUUGAUAGGUUUUAUUCAAUGGGGAUUUUUAGAAUCAACCCUGAAAUAAAAAAAAAAGUAAUUUAAUCCCAAAUAACAAAUUGUAUAUUUGUGGAGCAAAAGAGUAAAUUGAUCAAUCCUGUUUGGUAAAUUAUUCUACCUGCUGCUUUGACUCCUCAUUAUUAUUCCUCCUAAAAAUAUCUGGGUCUUUUCCAGAUUAAUUCUCAGUUUUACUGUAAAUUUUAUAGGGAUAGCAGUUUGUGUUUGAACUGAAAACAGUUGCUCAUCUUAUUUUCAUUCAAUGAGUCAAUUUAAACUUGAAGCAUAAGUCAAAAGCAGCUGGAAAUGAGGCAGAGAGUGUUUGAAUGAACCGAGUUCUUGAUAUUUAUGUUGGAGCAGCACAACUUUAUCAAUCUUUUAAAUGCUGCCAUACAGAGAUAUGGAAAAGUAUUUGCCUCAUUGCUGAUUUUGUAUGACCUUAUCAUUUGUGGCAUUUAAAUGAUUCAGAUAAUCAAACGUUUAUGACACAGAUAUUACAAAAUACAAAAGAAAGAUGAUUAAAAAGGUUUAUAUUAUAUACAAGAAGGGAAAAGAACCUGUGUAGCUUUUUGUAGAAGAGCAACUUCUCGUAAAACUUGAUCAUCGGUUGAUCAAUACUAUCCUUCUUAAAGUGCUCUUAUAGUAAAACAAAGUAGCCCACACUAUCACACUACCACCACCGUGUUUGACUGUUGCGCCAAUGUCCAGUCUCUCAAUGACUGUUAAUUUAAAAUAUUUGUCCAUAGGUUUUGGGGGAAAUUAUUAAUAUUUUUAAGUAAGAGGCAAGUCUUUGAGUUGUUUUACUUAGCAGCAGAUUUUCAAUGUGUGGAUAAUGUUUUUGUGGUUCUCUGGAGUCUCAAAUCUGCAGAAAUGUCUUUGUAACUUUCAGACUAAAAUGUGUUGGUAAGAUCUUCUUAAAUAUAUGUUCAUAAAUGCCCUCCUUUGCAUUUUUUUUCUUUCAAAUUGAGGUGUGUAGCAAAAAAAAAAAAGGCAGUCACUUUCCCCAUAAGGCCCAGAAAAUAUGAGUAGCUUUUCCACUGAAAACAUUUAGUAGUUGAAUAUAUUGACUUAAAAUAUCUCUGUGGGAACAUUUGUUUGAGCUGAAUGAUACAAAAAUAAAUAAAACAGGAGGAUACAAAUACUUUUUCACAGCACUGUGAUGGUGUGUGGUUAAUCAUACUCGGGUUGAUGGAGAUCCUGAGUGCCUUUUAUCCAUACAGACACAAGUCCUGCAGAGAUUGAAGCGGAUGAUUAUGUGGCUUGUUAAUGGCGAAGACUUUCCCGCCACGAGAGAAGAGAAGUGACCAGGGGCACGUUCAGAUUUGUCCUUUUCCACUGUACUGACACUUGCUUUAACAGGGACCCCCCCCUCCCUCCUUAUGGGUGUUUAACUGUAGAUUAAAACAAUCACGAACGACAACGCCUGUUUAUAAAAACGAUGCAUGCUUUAUUUUUCUGAGUCAUUUUUAAAAUCUCUUUGCUGUGAGAUACUAACCAUGUUGUGAACACGAGGUGUAUUGUGAACCUGCGGCAGACUGUAAACUCAUCCAUUCAGAUGUGACUAAUAAAACCUUUCUUUAAA